GGGGAAGCAUGGUUGACUUCCUAGCCAGCCUUAGGUACCAUUGAAUUUGGCGCUUGUUCGGGGAAGCAUGUCAGGAGCUUCUAGAUAUUUCAGCCAGCCUGGCAGCUGCUGGUAAUGGAACUCAAAUUUAGAUCGUACCCCGCUUUUCCAAGUUCUCUGGCCCAAUGGCGGACAUUUGCGAUGAAUCGCCAAGAGCUGGUCCGCUACAACGUGUAGCAAGGAACAUUUUGACCUCAUCUCCAGAAAAAAAUACAGUGACUUUGCAGCCACCGUCGCCGCAUGACCAGUCGCAGGAGUCGCAGGAGACGCCGCAGCAGUCGCAGCAGUCGCAGCUGGCGUUCGCGAAAGCGUUAUUCCAGCGACUGCAAGCCGGCGCUCACGUUUUUCUCCCCGACACUCCCGCUUCUGCCGCUUCUGCGCACCUGGCGGACCUUCCGACCCCUCCUUCCGCCGUUCCUCCCCGUUGCCCCGCCUCCGCUUCCGCCGAUCCCCCUGUUCCCGCUUCCGCUUCCGCCAAAGAGAUCAAAUCCGACACUGUAUACCCGUUCAAAGAGGACCUCGAGGGGCAUGGCUUGUAUACAAACUUGAAUGGGUAUACAAGCUUUAAUGGGUAUACAAGCUUGACUGCAAGCUGGUGGAAGCCGAUGGGGGAGAGAAGGACGAGGGAGGGAGGUAUGGGGAAGGAAGAGGGGAAGGAGGAGAAGGGUGAGGAAGUGGGGGCGGAGAAGGAGAAGGUAGGGGAACGGACGGGGGCGAAGAGAGGAGAGAAGAAGCGGAAGGGCAAGUAUGCGAAUAAUAGGCCUGAAAGGUUACUAGUGAACUCGGGGUUAGCAGAUUGGGUUACCAGCCAGCAGCUGAAUCUACUGGCAGUCACUGGGGGGGGUAUGGUUGAGGGGGUUGGAUUGGAUGGGGUAGGGGAGGAGAUUGGAGAGAGGACUGGGGUGGUUGAGGCUAUUUUUGAGGCGCCUAAAAAAUGGAUGGUUGAGGCUGGGACAGCAAGGAAGGUGAGAAGGCGUAGGAGUGUGGAGGAGGUUGUUGCUCAGCUAAGAGCCAGUCAGGUUGGAAUUGUUAGCACUCAUAUACGAGCCUGUUUGGCUGAAAGUGUUCGCACUCAGCUAAGCGGCAGUGAUAGAGGGAGUGGUGGCGGUCUCGGGGUAGAGAGUGGUGCAGAGGAGCUGAAGAGCAGAGUGAGAGAAGGAGCGGGCGUUGCUGUUUCAGAAGGUGAGGGACAUGAGAGACGUGCGAAGCAGCAAGAGUGCGUGUUGAAGGGAGGAGCGGAAGAGGAAGGAGGAGAGGGGAAAGAGGAGGAGAAGGAAGAGGAAGGAGAGGAGGAAGACGAGAAGGGUGGUGCUGAGGAGGUGAGGAGUCCAACGAGUGAAGGACAGGGUGGCGUUUCGGCCUGUGAGAGACAAGAGAAGAAAGGGAAGAAGCCGCAAGAGUGUGGGUUGGAGAAGAAGAAGCAGGAUGGGAAGGCAGAGGAGAAAGGGGAGGAGGCAGCAGCGGACGAAGCCAAAGAAGAAAAAGACAAGAGAGUAAAGGAGAAGCGGGAGGGAGAGGAGGUUGCGGAGAAAGGGGAGGAAUGUGCGAUGAGGGAGAAAGAGCAGGAGGGGGAAAAGGAAGAGGGGGAAGAGGUAGAGGGGGAAGAGGUAGAGGGGGAAGAGGUAGAGGGGGAAGAGGGGGCGGACAAGAAGGGAGAGGCAGUUAAGGGAGAAGAGAAGCAGGAGGAAGGGAAGGAGGAGGAGGAGAAACCGGGGGAGGAGAAAGAGCAGGGGGAGAAACGGGAGGAAGAGAAAGAGGCGGAAGGGGAGGGCGGGGAUGGCAAUGCGGCAAGGAAGAGGCAGCGGGAGGAAGAAGUCGAUUCCCCUUGGUGGUGGCGAGUUUUGGACGGACCUGAGGAGGAGGAGGGGUGGGUGGCAGGGGAGGGAGUGAGGAGGAAGCGGCCGAGAGAGAGGAGUGUGAGGGAGCUGCUGAGUGCCACGUCAGCAGUGGGGAAGCGGGUGAUCUGGUGGCGGAACAAUUAUAAGGGGAAGGGGAAGGGCAAGGGGGAUGGGGGCAAGGGGAAUGUGGGAAAGGGGAGUUGGGGGAAGGGCCGUUGGGGAAAGAAAUUUGAGGGGAAGGGGAAGGGGAAAUGGAAAGGGAAGGGGAACGGGAAAGGCAAGUGGGCGCGGAAAGGGAAGGGGGAGGCGGAGGGGGAGGGGAAUGAGAAGGGGGAGAGGAGUAAUGGAGAUGGAUGGGCGGGGAGACUGAGGGGAAGGGAGAGGGGAGGAGGGGAUGUUCCAGAUACGAAUGUGCCUGAAACGAAGGUGACUUUUGAGUUGCCUCGAAGGUCUCCAAGAGAGAGGAGGGGAGUGAAUGCGCCAGUGCCAGAUACGAAGGCAGGCAAGAAGGCAGACACGACGGCAGGCAAGAAGCCAAGCACAGGAGCAAAUGGGAGGGAAGCAAUUGCCUCGAGGGGAGGGAAUUUCCAGGAGGAGAGGAGGGGAGGGAAUGUGCCACUGCCAGACACGAAGGCAGGCAAGCAGCCAAGCACAGGAGCAAUUGAGAGGGAGGCAGUUGUGACACGCCUCAAAACUAGGGAGAUGGGAGGAGGGAAUAUGGCAGAUGUUUCAAAUACGAGGGAAAGGUCAGGAGCAGAGGGAGGGGGGGCUGCAAGAGGUGCGGGUACUUCAACGUCAGAAGCAAGAAAGGUGUCGGUAGCUGGAAGGGGCAAGUCACCAGCAGCAGUACGCGGAAAGGGGUCCGUAGGAGUACGAGGAGAGGGGUCAGCGGCAGAAAAGGAUAAGGGGUCUGUAGCAGUAAGAGGAAAGGGGAGUGUCGCACGAAGGAGUGUUGCUGGUUUGGUGGCAGGAGGAGGGAUGGAGUGUGAGGAGGGGGAGGGAGAGGAGGGGAAGGAGGAGGAAGAAGAUGCAGAGGAGGAAGAGGAGGACGAAGAAGAGGAGGAGGAGGAUGAGGAGGAAGAGGAGGACGAAGAAGAGGAGGAGGAGGAUGAGGAGGAGGAGGAGGAGGAGGAGGAGGAGGAGGAGGAGGAGGAGGAGGAGGAGGAGGAGGAGGAGGAGGAGGGGAGGAGGAGGAAGAAGAGGAGGGGGAGGAGGAGGAAAGGAGGGAGGAGGAAGGGGGGAGUGAGGGCGGCCAGGAAGACCAGGGUAGAGAAGGGAGUGAGAAAGGUGGAAGAGGGGCGGCACGGGGGAAAAGGAAGUCAAGGGAGUGGGAGGAGAGGAGAGAAAAGACGAGGGAAUGGGAGGAGUGGGGAGAGGCUGAAGGGGAAGGGAGGAAUGUCUGAGGCGCAAGGUCACUUGGAAAGGUCUGAGGCGCAAGGUCACCCGUGUCCGAAAAGUGUGAGUGUGGGUCAAUUAGUUGGCAACAAGCAAGGGGUAGAGCAGAGAGGGGAGAGGGCAGAAGGUCGGGAGGAGGAGAGAAGAGCAGAGAAGGGAAGAGAGAGAAUGGAGUGGCAGGGGGGGGAGCAAGGAGGGGAGCAGAAGGAGCAGAGGGAGGAGUGGGAGUCGCAGAAGGAGGAGAGGGAAAAGAAGGAGCAGAAGGAGCAGAAGGAGGAGCGGAAGGAAAAGUGGAAGGCGGAGGGGAAGGAAAAGCAGGAGGAAGGAGUGGAGGAGCAAAGGGAGGAGCAGAGGGAGCGGCACAGGGAGCAGCAGAACCCUCCAGAUGUUGCUUCCCCUGGUGCCUUGGCUAGUUCUGUGGCGGCUCAAAGUGGGGAGAAGGGGCAGGUGCAGCCGUGCAUUCCACCUGUUUCUUCCCCUGGUGAUGAGAUUACUGGUUCUGAAGCGCCUCAAAAGGAGGAGCAGGGGCAGGUGCACCCGAGCCUCUCAGAUGUUGCUUCCCCUGGUGCUGUAAUUGUAGAGGCAGACACUGUUGCUGCUGUCGUGGGAAUGCCGACAGCAGCAGCAGCAACCGUGGGAGAAUCAACAGCAGAAGCAGCAACGGCUGGGGCUUUAACUGCAGCAGCAACGGCUGGGGCUUUAACUGCAGCAGCAGCAUUGUCCACAGGAGCACCACCACAAAAGGCAGCAGCAGCAGCAUCACCAUCACCACGAACAGUAGCAGCAGCAGCAGCAUCACCACCACAAGCGGCAUCAGCAGCAGCACCACCAUCACCACCACCAGAAACAGUAGCAGCAGCAGCAGCAGCACCAUCACCACCACCACCACCACCACAAAUGGUAGCAGCAGCAGCCACUAAGAAGCAACCUGCUCCCAUCAUAGCUCAACGGGAUGAUACAGGUGCUGGUGAAGGGGGUGUGACAGUACAGGGUGUGGCAGUACGGGGUGUGGCAGUACGGGGUGUGGCAGCAGCAUCACAAGCACAAACCGCGCCAGAACCAUCAUCACUGGCGCCACCACCACCGCAGGCAGCAGCACGAUCACCGUCACCACAAGCAGCAGCAGCAGCAGCAGCAGCAGCAGUGGCCAACAGCCUCGCAGCUGCAGUUGUGAGUGAUCGGGUUGAUGGAGGUGUGGCUGAUGGGGGUAUGGCAGCGGCAGCAGCACCACCACAAGCACUACAAACAGCACCGAAAGCAGCACUGGGAGCAGCACAAGGAAAACCACAGGCAGCAGCAGCAGCAGCAGCAGCAGCAGCAGUUGCUGCUAGCAUCCUCCCUGCUCCAACUGGGGGUGAUGCAGGUGUGGAUGAAGGGGGCGUGGCAGCAGCAGCAUCACCACCACCAGACGCAGCACCAAUACCACAGAGAGUAGCAGCAGCUGCUGCUGCUGCUGCCAACACCCCCCCUGCUCCAGCUACGAGCUAUAAGGGUGAUGCAGGUGUGACUGGUGGGGGUGCGGCCGAGAGGGGUGUGACUGAAGGGGGUGGUGGGACAGCGGGGCCACCACCACCACGGGAAGCAGCAUCACUGCUGCAAGCACCACCGCCACAGAAAGCAGCAGCUGCUGCCAACAGCCUCCCCGGUCCAUUUUCAGGCCAGCUGGGCGAUGCAGGUGUGGCUGAAGGGGCCGAGGCGGAAGGAGGUGUGGCAGCAACAGCACCACCACAGGCAGUACUGCACGCAGCAGCUGCUGAAGGGGGUGUGACUGAAGUGGAAAUGACUGAAGGGGGCGUGACUGAAGUGAAAGUGACUCAAGGGGGCGUGGUGGAAGGGGGUGUGGUGGAAGUGGAAGUGAUUAUAGAGGGCGUGAUAGGAGAGGGUGGGAACGAGGGCAGUGUGACUGAGGGGAUGAUUGUUGAAGGGAGCAUGACUAAAGCAGGCAUGACUGUGAGUGGCGUGACUGUAUGUGAAGUGACCCAUGUUCCAGAACAAAUGCAUUGCUCCAAGCUACUGGUGGCAUGCAAUGGAGUGUGUCGGGCUUGCUCCCCUCAGAAGCAAGAGCAGAGGGAAGUGGAGCAAAGGGAAGGGGAGCAGAGGAAAGGGGAGCAGAGGGAAGUGGAGAAGAUAAGCGCAGCACUGGGAGAGAACAUGGCUGCUGCUGCUGCUGCUGCUGCUGCUGCUGCUGCUGCUGCUGCUGCUGCUGCUGCUUCUGCUACUAACGAUGAUUCUGAUAGUGCUAACGCUGGUACCGAAGGAAGGGCCAGUCCACGUGCGGAAAGGGCUGGUGCGGAGGCAGGCACAGAUGCAGCUUACCUCAUGGCGCCACGUGGUGUUUCGGAGGUGGCCUGUGAAAGUUUUGAGUCGACUGAGUCGACUCAAAAGCUACCCUGUGAGAGGCUUCCAGAGGUUGCGGCGCUGACAGUUCAAUCCAUAGCCGCGGACACACUUCAUCCCACCCUCACUAGCGGGCAUGCCAAAGUUGGCACCUUGAGUCCUGCUGCCACGGCAGCUGCAGAAACGCCUGCAGCAGCAGUCAAGACAGAAGGACCUCUUACGAAAGAAGACGCAAUGAGAAUAAUACCCAGCCCCACCGACAGCCAUCCAGUUUUGACAAAACUACCCAGCCCCACCGACAGCCAUCCCACCCUCACUAGCGAGCAUGCCGAGGUUGGCACCUUGAGUCCUGCUGCCACGGCAGCUGCAGAAACGCCAGCAGCAGCAGUCAAGACAGAAGGACCUCUUACGAAAGAAGACGCAAUGAGAAUACCCAGCCCCACCGACAGCCAUCCAGUUUUGACAAAACUACCCAGCCCCACCGACAGCCAUCCCACCCUCACUAGCGAGCAUGCCGAGGUUGGCACCUUGAGACCUGCUGCCACGGCAGCUGCGGAAACGCCAGCAGCGGUCAAGACAGAAGGGAGGCCUAUAGUCGUGCCACCGGUGGCAGGGGGAACGGCAGUCUUACCUGCUGAAGCAGCCACAGCACCAACAGCAGCAACGGCAGCAGCAGCUGCAGCAGCAGGGAGGAAGCGGAAGAGGAGGAGGCUCAGGGCAUGGCUGGUGGAUGUGACUGGUCACACGCUGCUUCUCGGAACCUUCCCUGACGAGGAGGAGCGGCAGGCAGCUGUUUCCGGCGCGCUCAUGCUGCUGACUCACCACUGCACCUCGCCAGGUGGACCUGCUGCUGACGUGGCAUGCCAGGGACUGAGUGAUGAUGCGGCGGCGUCUCGAGGCAGGUCUGGCGGCUUGGCGUUUUGUAAUACUAAUGAGGACGUGGCAGCUAAUGCAAGGUUAUGCGUAGGUGUUGCUGAGACAGUGAUGAAUGGAAGGGGCAGAGCAAAGGAAGCAUGUGUUGCUUUAGCUGCGGCCGAGAGAGCAGGUGACAACAGCCGGUCCAAUAUAGCCGAGACACGAGCACGUGAGGGUUCUCUAGCGGCAGAAGCUAAGGCAGAGAGAAACGGAGAGAGAACGAGGGAGUUGAAAUGCGGAGCAAGACGAAAGGCAGAGAGGGAAGCACUGGCAGCAGACAUGGCAGCGAGAGGGAAGCAGCAGAGGGGCAGAGAUCAAAGGACUGUGGCUUUUGAGUCGACUCAGGGGUCCCCGGGACUCAAAAGUCGGCUCAGAAGUCAUUCUGAGUCGAAUCAAAUGGCACUGAAGGCCAAGUCACUGACGGCAGACGUGGCGGGGAGAGGGAAGAAGCAGAGGGGCAGAGAGAGAGGCACGGCGAGAGCUGCAGAGAAAGCAAGCUGCUCAGAGAUGCGUGAGGGUCUCGUUUUGAGGCGCCUCAGAACCAGAGAUGUGAGCGCUGCAGUGCAAGCAAGACCUGGGAGUGUUCCUUAUGUUGUGUGUGACUAUGACGAGAGUGAUGCUGACGAGGAGGAAAUGGGCUGGGACGGAGAUUCACCUGAGAUUUCCCCUGAGCAUUCACCUGACGAUUCGCUGGUGGAGAACCUGGGAAAAUUGUCUGGGCAACUACCUGGCAUGUGUGAUGUGGCAUGCGGAUCGAAUCUGCAGGCGAAUCCAGCGAACAGCAAUGCAACUGCUACUGCGACUGCAAAUGCAACCGGAAAUGCAACCAGAAAUGCAACCAGAAAUGCAACCGGAAAUGUAACCGGAAGUGUCGCAAGGAAGCGAACUGGGGGAUUGUACGGUACUGAAGAUGUAACUACGUUGCCAUGCAGUGGGCUUGCUAUGGUUCUGAAACUGAACAGCAUUGGUGUCGGCCUCCCUCUUGAAUCCAAGGGGAAUGCAGAAGAGAAAGAUGAGACAGAAGAAGGGGAGAAGAGAAAGGCAGGUGACAGACUGAAGAGCGGUAGGGGUGGGUUUAGGAAGGCAAGGGGUACACAAAAAGGGGCAGCAGCCAGUGGCGCUAGAGCAGCUGUAGCUGCUACUGCCAGUGCUGCUAAGCCAGCUGUAGCUGGUACUGCCAGCGCUAGGGCAGCUGUAGCUGAUAGUGCAGCAGUGCGCGGGCAAGGGAAGUUGGGGCCGGUGGGAGCAGCUGAGAUUGCAGAAGCAGGUACGGGAGGAGCAGUGGCAGCAGCUGCAGCCGUGAGUAGAAGGGGCAAGCGAAAAUCAGUGGGAGCCGCGGGGACUGCAGAAGCGGGUACAGGAGGGGCAGUGGCAGCCAGUGCAGCCAUGUGUAGAAGGAGCAAGCGAAAACCAGCUGGAGUCACAGAGACUGCAGACGCAGGAACAGGAGGAGCAGGCACGGGAGGAGCAGGUACGGGAGGAGCAGGUGCGGGAGGAGCAGGUGCGGGAGGAGCAGGUGCGGGAAGAGCAGGUGCGGUAGGAGCAGGUGCAGGAGGAGCAGGUGGAGGAGGAGCAGUGGCAGCAGCUGCAGCCAUGUGUAAAAGGAGCAUUCAAAAACUGAUGGAUGCGGCAGCAGCUGCAGACUCACCUGCUGUGGAAUCAGGCUCUGCUGCUGAUGAUGCUUCAGCAGUAGCUGCUGCUCAGGCUGCUGCUGCUGCUAAUGCUGCUGCUGCUGCUGCUACUGCUGCGCGUGCUGACGAUCCUGGCCCUGCAGCUGCUCCUGCACCUGCUGAUCCCACCUCUGCUGCUGCCCCUCCUGCUGCUGCCCCUCCUGCUGCCCCUCCUGCUGCUGCCGCUCCUGCUGCUGUCACAACUUCUGUCCCCCCUGCCUCAUCCAUCCGGCCUUUGUCCGAUCAGCAUCACUAUCGGAUCUCUCAUCUUCCAGGGAAGGAAGGGGACCGAUGCUUCCAUGUGAUAGAUAGGGUGCGCAGGAAGAAGAUACCAGUGGAGUAUGAUUCGAGUAGGGAGGCUGCUGCUGCCCUUGCUGCCAUUCGCAAGGUGAUUGCGCAUGUGGCACAUGAAGCAAAGAGGCAAAAGUGUUGAGUUAAAAUAGUGGUUGUAUGUAACU